AUGGCCGGCGUGUAUCGAGUUCGCCGCUUGGAUUGGGUUGAGCAACAGUCAACAGAAUUGAUUUACGACACCAAACCUCCUGCCAAGGACAUUGGAUCUUGGCCCGACUUUUUAAUUGCUCUACUACCUUACCUUACGUUCAUAAUCUUUGGUGCAAAUUCGAACUUGCUGAUGAACAGGUUCCCUUGCUCUGCGCCGCUCACCGGUUCCACUCACACUUCGUUAGAAAGUUCGCCAACCACUGAAGUUCACAUAUCACUAUUCCCGCAACAAAUACGCGAAAACUUUUCAUUAUCAUCAUCGACGUCACAAAUGACGCAAGAGAAACCGACGACACCACUCCGUUCACUCUCACCGGGUCCAUCAACAUUUAGCCAACGGGUGGGUCCAAAUUCGCUAGAUCCAUUUAUGCACCGAAGGAACCCUUCGCUCACCAUCAAGAUCACGAACGAUAAUGUUAACCGUAACAGAAAGGGUAAAUGCAAAAUAUCCACGACUAUUUCGAAACGAAAGAGUAAUUCGUGCAAAAGAUCCCUUGGAUUUGAGCGCACCACUCGUGAAAAUGACGGUGGUAAAAACGGGAAAAGAAAAGAAUCGGACAUCAGCGCUUCAAGUGGUAAAGAUACGUCAGCUAUGAAAAGCGGGGUGUCGAUGAAUUACGGAAGGAGAUCACCACAAACCACCGCGCAACCACCAAUAAUAAAAAAUGGUGCAGAAUGUGGAAGUACCAGUGAAACUUCGUCUCCCUCUUCAAGCCUGGAGGAGUCACCCGAUGAUAGAUCAAGCGAAGUUCAAUAUCACAAACAAUUCUCAUUUGAGAAACGUUCAAAGGUCGAUUCGAUAAUAGAAAUUCCACCUAAUUUCGAAAUCAAUACGAAUGAGAAUAACGGUGAAGAUAAGGGAUCCCUGAAAAAACCCAAGUCAUCGCCGGUCAAAGUUGUCGUUCGGCGCCUGUCAUCACCACCAUUCAACGGCGCCCUAAGAGAAUUGCCAAUAAUAAUGAAUUCAUCGCAAAGUUUGGAAAAAGAGCGCCCAGGAAUUAAUGGAACAUUUUCGUCAUCGCAAAAGCAAAGGGUCACGCUAACACUCCCGGUCGUCAGUUUUGCGAGGUCAGAAUCACGACCACCAUCACAAUACACCUUUAAUCACACCACCAAUUUAAGUUCACCAUCGAAGUCCGAGAAAUCCUUCUCGGAUUCAUCGAAUCCCCGGUACAGCGUGGGCACGUUAUCGACGAAGUCAUAUUGCAAUAAUGGUGGGUUCACGUUGACACCACGGGAGAAUUUACCGUUGUACAUACUGAAUAGAAACUACGCCGAACCAUCCUCGAUUAAAAGCGAGGGCGAGAGCAGCGGUGGAUUGUUGAGCAAAUGGUCGGCGACGUCCGAUCUGGGAUUUUAUGAAGAAGAAAAAAUGAGGGAGUUUAGGCGAUUCGUGAAGUCUUGGAACCCUGGGAUCCCAAGUACUUGA